UUCAUGCCCUUGCCUGCGUCGUGCAGCUCAUUAGGUUUGAUCGAUGCAGGGUUCCUGCGCAGCUGCUGCUGAGACCGCGGGACUCAGCUCAUCACAACCCUUCUUCAGUCACGGUCAGUCUGGGAUUCCUUUAGUUUUCACACGGGGAUGCGCAUCUGGACUGGAGAGCGUCCCGUGGACAAUUACGCGUCGAGGCGCUUUGCUGCUGCUCUCCCUUUCCUCUUGCCCACACAGAGGAAAUAAUCACACCAGCUGAGGACAGUUUGGGUAUUUUCUUUUGAAAGAAUGGCAGGCGCAAAGUGCCUUCUUAAAACGCCGAGUAACUUCCAGUCAUCUGCCAUGUUUGAAGGCUCAGAGUCUGUCGAGAUGGAGGGCGGCAACACAGAGAGCACUGUGGCCUCAUCCAUCAGCGCCUGUAAGAAGGUUCUGUGCAGUAACAGUGUACUGGAUUCCUCAGAGUACUGGCUGAGGAAUGAGAAGUCACUAUGCAGACUGGACCUGCUGGAUGAAGACACAGAGGGCACCUGCACCAUGAUCUGUUUUGUAAAUCUGGACCCACAGAAAGCAGAUUGUCGUGAUGACAAAAGCAUCAAGAAAUUGGCAUCAGUGUCUCCAGACCUGCCAAAGCUCGUUGAAUUACUGACUGUCCACCAACCGAAAGAAAAUGAGAUCCUGCUGCUCGGUGGCUUGGAAGCGUCAGAAACUUGCCCAACACUCCCACACAACCCCCUGCAGGGCGGGCAGCAGCGAAGUACAGGUGUGUGCCUGCUUCAGUGUUCAGGGAAGAGGCGCUCCACACCACCUGCCACCAUCAUCCGUGAGAUCAACAAGUUCCUGAUGGGUAUGCAGUGGGGAAAAGAGCGACAGUUUCAGCAGGGUCGGGCAAAUGGACAGCGGCUUGAUGAUGACACCAACCGUUCCAUCUCGUCCAUAGAAGACGACUUCCAGACUGCCUCAGAGCACCUCGGACAAGAGAGUGAGAACGAUGGCUUAAGAAAUGAACCAGAGAGUAGUAUCCUGGGAGAGAGUUUGUUUGAGGCUACACAGAAACACUGUGUCAGACUCACAUGCUACAGAGGACAGCUGGCUCAUCAGAACCAGGAGGAUGCUGAAAUGAAAAGGGACGGGUAUCCACAAACGAGCUUCCAGACUAAGGAAUCGGCUGGUCACUACGCCACCAAUCUGGCUGAGUCUGUACUGCAAGAUGCCUUCAUACGACUCUCUCAAGAUGAAACUUCAUUUGUCUCAGAGGCAGCUGUCAGUGUGUCCAGUUGUCCUUCCAACUCCACUGGUUCCUCAACGGCCAAAGAGCCUUCCCAUCAGCGUGCCUGCUCUUUUGAACUCCCCAAAAUUGUCAUAGUUCAGAGCCCAGACAAUGCUGAUGGGGCUGCAGAAUGGCCAGAAACACAGGUGUCUCCUGUGCAUGAACAAGAUACUUCUGCCCAAACUGGAGAAGUGCCACAAAAUGGGGCCCAGGCUCAUGCUCCCCACCACAAUGGAGGGCACAAACACGUAGAGAUGGCUUUGGCCUGUGCAGCCAGUGUUAUUGGCACCAUUACAACCCCACAGCUGACUGAAAAGCUCACUCUCGAAUCGGCUUCAGAAGAGGAUACAGAAGAAGAGUUGCAGGAAGCAGAAGAAAGAGGUGACUACUCAGUUUCCUCAGCUGUGUGUGGCAUGGCUCAGGUAGCUGGAGCGGUUGCAGCUGUGGAGCUAACAGAGGAUUCAGCAGAGGGCAGCGUUCCUGAUGCAGAGAUCCCGAAGGAAUACACAACAUCAGAGGGUCUGAUGUCUGCUGCCAAGGCCUCUGCAGCAUUCACGCUGCAUUGCAGUGUGGCAGAGGGUACAAGCGUUGAAACAUUUCGAGCGAACAUUGCUGAGGUCCUGCACAGAGAAGCUGCUGAGGUGCUGACACAACCACAAGGCUACAAGAGUGUCACAGACCUCCUGGAGGCCAUGCAUAACAAGAUAGUAGAUGGCAUUACUUGUACAAAAAAAUGCUGCAUGGAUGAAACUGAGGUUGAUGACUUAAUAAAUGAAGUGGCAGACAGCCUAUUCAAGCAUGCUUUAGAGAAGGCAAAAAAGAAAAAAGAACUGGAGGGAGCUGGAAAAGAGGCUCCAAGUCUUCAGGUUUUUCUACAGGACAGCGUAAACAAUUUGCUGUUUGAUAUUCUUUGUUUGACACAGAAAAAAAUUAGUCAUAUCUCCAAAUGUGACCAAGGGGCAGACCAAACACAAGAGGAAGACAUUUGUGUUAAUGAGGCAUCUACCACAAAGGAAAGCAAAGAUCCAUUAGGUCAGUUACAGUGCUUCGUUGGCCGUAGUAAUUUCACUAACAGUGAGAACCUGAGUGACACGCCACACUGCAUGGAUAAGAUGCCUAUGGUUACAGGCCUGUGGCAGAAACAUGCUCUGGAGGAUGCUGAUGUUACUUCAUCUUCCUCUACAGAACACUUGAAAGAGCAACAACAGCAGUCAGUAUGCAGACAAAAUCAGUCCAAACCCAAAGACUUGGCAGAUCAGCAGCACAACAGCACUGCCAUUAGAGAACCUUUAAGUGAAAUUCCCAUUCACAGCACAGAGAGAAGGGGUCGACUUGUAACAGGGAGUGACAGCAGACAGUCCUCCCUCAACUCAUGCAGUUCUCUGCUUUCUUUAAGAACAGAUUCUGAGUCCAGGACGCCCAUUACUUGCUAUGCUGAUGAUUUGGCUUCAACUGUGGUGUCUAUGGCCACAGAACUGGCAGCUAUCUGUCUGGAAAACUCUACUGGAAAACAGCCUUGGUUCUGUGCCCUAAAAGGGACAUCUACUGAAGGGCCAGAGAGCUACUUAAUGCCAGCUUGCCGCACAGUACUCAGGAGAAAAGAGGUUCAGAGCAGCAAUGCAGGUUCCAGGAAACAUCGAGCACCACGGCUCAGUGAGAUUAAGAGGAAAACAGAGGAGCAGCCAGAACUAAUGGAGCGGCUGGUCAACCGGGUGGUUGAUGAAUCAGUCAACCCCGAUGAACCACAGGACCCAUUUGCCCUUUUUGCCUCUGAAGUCACAGCCAGGAUCAUGAACUGCCCUGAACUCAAUGUGGUGGACACCUCCAAAACAGGCCAGCAGCGCAGCAGGCUGCAGUGUGAGAGGUGGAGCCGUGGGAAGGCAUCUAGUUAUGAGAGCAUUCCAGAAGAAGACGCAGACCCCUCGGGCACACCCAACACCCUGGGCCCUGGCAGUCGGUUAGGUCAGAACUUGAGCCGUGGUAGCUCAAUCUCCAAGCAGUCCAGCUGCGAAAGCAUCACAGAUGAGUUCUCACGGUUUAUGAUUAAUCAAAUGGAGACUGAAGGCAGAGGUUUUGACUUGCUGUUGGACUACUACGCAGGAAAGAAUGCCAGCAGCAUUCUCACUGCAGCUGUGCAACAGGCUGCAACAAAGAAAAAUGGCCACCUUAAUGUCAGGGCCUCAUCCUGUCUCUCGAAGCAGUCUAGCACAGAGAGCAUCACAGAGGAGUUCUACCGGUUUAUGCUUCGGGAUAUGGAUAAGGAGAACAAAGAAUAUGGCAUUGCCAAGACUAAAGAGUGGAGCAACAGCCUUUUCCCCCCUUCUCCUCGAACACCUUUCUGCAUACGACAGUCUUCUGUUCCAGAUAGGCGGUCCUCAGACUCACGAUUGACUGUCAACUCACCCAUUAAAGCCAACUCAUUUGAUGGAUUUGCCCGCAAUGUUCAUGGAGAUACACUUAAUAUCUACCCCACAAACUCAGUGUCAGCUACAGGACUAUGUAAGUCUGACUCCUGCCUCUACCAAAGAGGUAAGACUGACCAGAUUACUGAUAUGCUGAUCCAUGAGACCUGGUCAAGCUCCAUUGAAUCUUUGAUGAGAAAGAACAAGAUCAUUGCUGAUCCAGAGGACAGUAUUGAGUUAGAGGCUUCAGGAGACUCCCAACCUCAUGUGCAACAAUUUGCCAAUCGGCUGGCAGCUGACAUUGUCGAUAUUGGCAAGUCUGCACUGGGGGGACAGCAAGAUGUAUCUGGGGGAAUGUCUGGGUCACACUCACAGCCACAAACACCUGUUGGUGAAAGGAGAAGGGGAUUCAAACAAUCUCACCUAAUUUGUAAUCGGAGCAGGUCCAGCCAGGAGCAAACUGGCACUGGAGUAGGGUCCGGGACUUGUGAAAGCGGUGCUUCCUGCAUGAGGGGCCCUAGAGAUGUACCGCUUAUCCAUAUUGAAGGAGAUCAGAGGGUUGAGGAGACUCUUUCAAACUCUGAAAGAACAGGAGGAGGACCUCAGGAAACAUCUUCAGACACCAUACGUAUGGAGAGAGUUGUUGCAAACAGCACCAGCAGCGAGAGGGACAGGCCAGCUGUGGCGGUGGCUGCAGUAGUGAAGAGGGACAAGCGUUCAAUGAGUGCUAGCAGUGAAGAUAGCAUGGGGAGCUGGUCUCAUAUAACCCCCGAAGAUGACCCCCACGAGGAAACCAGUAGUUUUAUCCAGCUGAGUGAGGGGAAUGGGACCAGCAGCACGUCUAGUCUCGGCUUGGUUGACCUGGAUGCUUUUACUGAUGUACCUAGUCAGAGCACAGUGAUCAGUGAGGAGGCAGAGAAAGGCCACCAGGCAGGAACCAAGCUUAUUCAGGGCAGUUCAGCGAGUACAGCCGGCAGCAGUAGCAACCUCAGGGAGCUUUUAGUGGUAAACUGCGACCUUGAGCAGGAAUGUGUGGACUUGGAGCUGAGAGUGGCCCUACAGUGGAUUGCUGCAUCCGAGCUGGGCCUCCCUAUGCUCUAUUUCAGGAAGUUCAAUGAGAAAAGGGUUGCAAAGUUCCAGAAGGUGGUCCACUUGAUGUCUCAGAAGUCAAGGAGGAUUGCAGACUUGUUCAGAGCUGUGGUUCAGUUCUGUACGCUACACGAGAAUGAGGAAGAGGCGGGCCGGUCUCUUCAGGCCAGCUUGUUUGAUUGGCUUUUGGAAACCCUUUAGGACACACUAACCUCCUCUUACUGAAAACAAAAAACACACACACCUACACAUUCAUAAAAUUUUGUAACAUCCUCAGCUGUUCUUAAGUGACUCCUACUGCAACCUAAAUGCACAAUGCAGUCAGCAUACUUAAAAAAAUUGUACCUCUCACCUGGUCCAUGAAGGUGGUUUGUUUGCAGUUAUGAAUGGACCAUACUCCCUUUAACUAGAACAUGUUUCUGUUGGCAGAUUUAUCUCUAUAGUGAGCUGCAUGAAAAACAAAGAGUAAACUUUAAGUCUAUGAGUUGGCCGUUCCUGAUGGGGAUGAACUGACUCUCAAAUGGUUAUAGUCAGCAGGUUCUAUCUGCUCCAGAAUAUAAAUAUAUAUUUAAAUAUGUGUAUUAUUUAGAGAUUCGCACAAGAAAAAAAUAUAUUCAUUUAUCCCAAAUGAUAAUAUAUAAAUCAAAGUAUCAGUGAAAAAUAGGAAAAUCAGGUUAAAUUUCUUCUACAGGUCAACAUGCUCAAACCUUGUCUAAAAGAGGCUGUUGAAGUGAACGCCCAGAUAAAAGCUCUUUCACUUUGUUUUUCUCUCUACUUUGAUGUGCACAUUUGCUUUAAGUAAGCAAAACAUCCAUAUCUUUGUUGUGUUCACAAGCCAAUGAACCACCUCUGUUGUGACUUUGAAACUCUGUUUGCAGUAAGUAUAUGAUUUUGUUGCUGUUACUUGAGAACUGAUUAUUUUGGAUAGUUGUACUGUAUAUACUGUAGAUUUGGAACUGCUGCACUCUGGAGUAGUGGACUGCUCUCUUUAGCUUUUACUAUGUUCAAAAGACAGAGUAAGGUUUGUAAUGUCAAAUUUGUAUGUGAAUAUGGUCUGUCUAUUUCUUAGUAGUAAUCUAGUGUUGCAUCAGCAUAGGGUAAAAACAAACAAACAAAAAAAAAGCACAUAAUUCAGCUGUAAACUGUCACAGUAGAACUGAAUGUAUUUAUCUUUUGACCUCAAUAAAUUUCUGUGAUGUGAAAUACAAGCAGUCUGGAUCUAGUAACAU